AUGUCGAUGCUUGAUAAAUUCCGUAAGGGCGCACAGAAGGCUGGGAUGCAAGCCACGGCAUUUGUUCAAUCUAGCACGACCAAAGUAGCUUCAGGAUCUCGAGAAUUUGUCCAGACCUUUUCACUACCGGGUGAAGCAGAGAAAGCAGCCAACAUCUUAGACAGCUUCCUCGCUGAUCCUGAAAGGCCCGAGUCAGCGCUCAAUGCCAUCCCGAAGGCAGUUUUGCAAAGGGCACGAGGCCUGGCAGUGUUCCAAGUCGUUAAAGCCGGAUUUGUAUUCUCAGGGAAAGCAGGAUCCGGUCUUGUCAUAGCCCGCCUACCUGAUGGAUCUUGGUCUGCGCCAUCAUGUAUCGCGACAGGGGGUGUGGGAUGGGGUUUACAGAUAGGCGCAGAUAUCACCGACUUUGUGAUUGUGUUGAACAGUGAAGAUGCUGUACGCGCAUUUUCGAUGGGAGGCAACGUUACUAUUGGCGGAAACAUUAGUGCUAGUGCCGGGCCUAUAGGAACAGGGGGAAGUGUGCAGGCAUCGUUAGCGCACCCUGCCCCCAUGUUCUCGUACUCAAAGUCGAAAGGCUUGUUCGCUGGUCUGUCACUUGAAGGGACAGUCCUUAUCGAAAGGAAAGAUGCCAACCGUGAUUUCUAUGGAUCUCCAGUACCCGCCAAGGACAUUCUUGGUGGACGUGUACCUCCUCCCGAAGUUGCUUCAAGAUUAUAUGAGAUCAUCGAAGCGGCCGAGGGUCUCGAUGAGAGUGGUUUGCCUGAGGCUGCUUAUGUCCCUUCACCAAUUCACGACAAUCACAUGGUUUUCGAUGCUGAUCAUGGUCAUUGA